CGCGGCAAAAUAAGCAGCGGCGAAAAUAGGUAGCGGUGCGGCGAAGCUGAGCAGUUUGUGCUGCGCUUGCAAAAAAGUAUAUGUAUAACAACAUAUAUAUUUUCACGAAAAAAUGGAAUUGACAACACAAUUAAAAGCGAGCGGAUGGCAUCUAACGGAGGAGGGAAUAAAGUCAUUGAGCAGCAGCAUCGAAGGCAAUCUCGACCCACGCAAAAUUAUCGAUGAGGCUUUAAACCGAGACUUGCGCGAAAUUGGAGGCGGUGCACUGGCGACUAAGCGAGACGAUGCCACUGGAAUGCUUGUUGGCCGCAUUGUGCUCCAGGUGCAAAGAGUGCGGAAUAUCGCUGCACCCAAGAGCAACGAGGAGUCGAAGGCGGCGCCACGCCUCCUGCAGUUGGAUUUAACUGAUGGGCAGGCAUCGCUGCAGGCCCUGGAACUGGAGCCGGUGCCAGCCCUGAAUCUGAAUGUCGCGCCUGGCACGAAAAUCUACUUUAAAGCUGAAAAACUUCAACUGAUGCAUGGAUUUUUGCUCCUGCGUCCAAGUGAUCUGCAGAUACUCGGCGGUCGCGUUGAAGCACUCUAUGAGAAGUGGGACUUUGCCCGAACAAUGCUGAAGUAUGCCCGCAGUGGAAGACCGCCCGCUGGAUCGACUGCACCGCCGCCGUGGGUUGCUUUCGGCAAGAGUAUUGAUGCCACCGCUGAGCGGAACUUUAAGAGUCUUGCUGCGGCAUCUGAUAAGGACAAGCCCACAAAGGAGAACGAUGAGUUUAACGUGAUGCGAAACGAAGCAAUUGCCGUUGCCAGCAAAGCAGCUGUUAAGAAAGUCUUUGGCGGUGGAGGCCAGAAUCUUGUAGACCAUAAUAUUAAAAAGAUACUGGACAAGGGCUAUAGCAAAGAUGAAGCGAUGGUUGCACUGCAGUUAACUCGAAAUAAUUUGGAGCGCGCUCUCUUCAAUCUCAAGAGGCGCAGAGAUGCCGCCGGAGGCAGUAGCGAGCCCCAGGUGCGUGCCGGACGAGGUGAGCGACCAAGUAGAGAAGGGAAACGUGGCGCCAGUCUAAAAGAUGAAGCCGAAGCGGCAAAACCUGCUGCGAAUGCCACACUUUUUGAUUUCCUUACUACUAAAUUGCCCCCAACGAAGACAACAGCUGCCGACGUUGCCGCAGAUUCAUUAAAAGCAUCCAUAUCAAGUGCCGAGAAAGCAAUCUUCAAACAGUAUGAAAAUGAUUCUAAGCUGUCAACUGUAAACGUACCGGAGAGCAAACCUCAGGCUGUAGGGGAACGCACGCGAUUUGAGAACAAUGUAUCUAGCAGUUUUGCUGCUCAUCGUGGAGGGCCUCCCGGUCGCAUGUCACGUGGCGGAGGACGCAAUCGCCCACCCCGUGGAGGCGGAAGUAUCAACAGCGAGCGAGGUGGCGGAAACAUGCGCAGCAAGCACGACAACUUCUCUCGGGGAUCAGAACAAACACAUGGCAAAAGCGCUGGCCGCAAUGGCCAGGAAAAUCAUAACCACAGUCAUGUGGCCAGUAAAAGUGUCGCUGAGGGGAAAUAUGAACAGGAGAGUUCAGUUACCAAAGACCAAGGCAUUAACCGACGCAGCAACGAGCGUCCGAAUAAUCGUAAUGGCAAUUCCCGAGCCGAAAAUGGAAAUUCCAAUAACAGACGUCGCCAACAAGGAAGUGGAUCAGGCAGUGCUGGUGCUUCUGCGAUUAUCCCCGCUUCCAAACCCACAAACGCUUUUAGUAACAAUACGAAUAAUGAUGAAGUCAAUACUCGCUUAAGCAAAGUUGUCGAAGAAACUGCAAACUUGAAGCUGAGCUCAUCUAAACGUGAGCCAAGACGCGGUGGAAAGCAAGGUGGUGGGCCCUCCAGUCGUCCUCCAUUUGAAACCCAAGGGGUUUCUUUGCAAUCCGAGAAGAAAUCAACAGAGAAGCCUCUACCACCACAGCGACAGCCGACGACAGACAGUGGGAGACAACAGUCGAAUGCCAGCUACAGUCAAUUGCCAAACGGAUAUACUUAUGAUCCCAGUAAAAUUAUGGGUUUCCAAAGUAAGGAAACUAAUGAAUUUGCCAUGAGUUUACUAAAGAGUCAGGGCUUGACAAUUGCACCGUCCAAUCAAACGCUCGCCCAAUCCCCACCGGCUACUAAGCAAAGAAUCAAUUCAGUUCCGUCUCAACCGGGAUCUGCUAACUUUGUGCUGCCGAAUCCGCAGCCAACUCUAAUACCAUCGCCUCCCCAGAAUUUUGGUCACGAUGCUUGGAUGUGGAAGUCCGGUGAUCUGUGUAUGGCAAAGUAUUGGGAUGAUGGAAGGUACUACGAAGCCGAAAUAACAGCUGUGUCUGAUAACACGUGUGUCGUGUUCUUCCUGGGCUACGGAAAUCAUGAAGAAGUACUCAAAUCGGACAUUUUGCCCAUCACCGACUCCCAAAAUAGACCAUUGACCAACAAUCCCCAGCCACAGCAUCAGAAGACACGCUUCCGCGGUGAUCGUCCGGGUCAGCAACAACAGGUGUAUGUACCACCACACAAACGGGAAUAUUAAAUAUCUUGAACAUACACACACACACACA